GGUCCUCAGCCGACGGCGGAAACCACCAGGCAGUUCCUGAUGUCGGACAAACCUCUGCACCUGGAGGCCUCUCUGGACAAAGAGAUCUACUAUCACGGGGAGCCAAUCAGUGUCAACGUCCACGUCACCAACAACACCAACAAGACCGUGAAGAAGAUGAAGAUCUCAGUACGACAGUACGCAGACAUCUGCCUCUUCAACACGGCUCAGUACAAAUGUCCGGUGGCCACCGAGGACUCAGACGAUAUCGUUUCUCCCAGUUCGACUUUCUGCAAAGUUUUUACUCUCACUCCAUUUCUGGCCAACAACCGAGAGAAACGAGGCCUCGCUCUGGAUGGGAAACUGAAGCACGAGGACACCAACCUGGCCUCCAGCACACUGUUAAGAGAAGGAGCCAAUAAGGAGAUCCUCGGCAUCAUUGUGUCCUACAAAGUCAAAGUGAAGCUGGUGGUGUCUCGAGGCGGUGACGUUUCCGUGGAGCUGCCGUUCACAUUAAUGCACCCGAAGCCGUUAGACUUUCUCUCUCUCUCUCUCUCUCUCUCUGCUGCAGCUGCAGACGAAGCUCCCAUCGACACAAACCUGAUCGAGUUUGACACAAACGACGAUGACAUCAUCUUUGAAGACUUCGCCCGCCAGCGGCUGAUCGGCGCAAAGGACGACAAGGACGAAGACGAGGAGCCGGUGGACUCGCCCAAUCUCAAUGACAGAUAAAGGCGCCGAGCGUUGCCGCCGCCACUGCUGCUGUUGUUGUUUCGCUGCUGUUUGUAGUGUGGAGCUAACGGAGGUCACCUUUAGGUCAAACCACAGUCCGGACACCCCUUCAACACCCGGUGGUGCCGUGUUUGUGUUCUCGUUCAUGUUCGUCCUCUCUGCGUCCUGCCGGAGUGUAAAAAGCUAGAAUACCGCAGCCUAGACGUCAGUUGUGUUUUCAGACGGAGCAGCCCUCCACUCCUCCGCCGGCCAGCCGGAGACGUGACCCGGCGAGCGCAGCAUCGUAACGACGGCUGGUUUGCAAAGUGAAGAAGCCCAAAGGGAGUUCCCAUCUCCCACAGAAAACUCUGCCCCUGAACUGACCACAGCUGGAUUGUAGUCCAGCCUUCAGUAACCUCUCUGCGUCACUGUGUAACAAGCAGCAUGAUGCUCGCCAAGCGGCUAGUGUGGAAAAUACCGUUAGAGCCCCUCCAGGCAGUUACUGUGAUGUAGAGACGGAGCUCAGGACGAAGAUCAAAAACUCCCGAAACAUCUUUAUUAAUUGUAACAAUAUUUUAAUUGGCUUUUAUUUUGACGGGGCCAGGAGGAAAUCUGUAAAUUCCAC